UUGCGAGAUCUCAUCCGUGGAGCUCACGCAUGAGGAGGAGGGGAAAAUGUAGUUCUACAGAUCUGCGUUCCUCUCUACGCAUGCUAAACGGGUUAACCCGAGUCGCCCUAAUUCACUACAAGCCCCAUAACCCCCUGUGGCAGACGACCAUGGUCGAAAGAGGUUUUGGGAUUUGUAGUCCUAAAUUCGAAAAGAACUACAUAUACCAAGGAAACUGUGCGAGGAAGAUGUGUUUUGCGAAUUGUAUAUAUUGUCGCGUUUAAAUGCAGUGAUUGAUACCCUUCUCUGAACAAAAUGGGCUUCAGUUAUAGACCUUUAUCGUGUAUGAAUGACACGAUGCAGAGAGAUGGCAAGUUACCGACGUUACAGCAAGUGUCGGAAAGGCAAGACUCAUUUAUAGAGUCCCCACACUAUCCGAGUAGCAGCCUGGUCCUUGGGUUGAGACACCAACAGCAAAGUAACCAUACAAAGCUAAAAGGAGCAGUUGGGGAAUCUUGUACUGGUCACUUGUCGACCUGGCCAGCUCAUUUAUCAUCACAGAUAGUGCCGCAAAGGCGCAAGCCACAUUCCCCGACAGAGAACAAAAUUCAUGGCUGUGGCGAGGAGUUCUCGAGCAGCGUGUCGAAGCCUCGGUUUCUGGAGCAGCUGGAAACCUACCUGAGGAAGGAGCUGCAGUCCCUCGACCCCAGCAAACCCAACGCACAGGAGCUCAAGCUUCAGGCAUACCAAGAAGUUUUCGAAUAUUUCAUUGAGGAUUUCAAAACCUACAAGCCCUUGUUGUCAGCGAUUAAAAACGAGUAUGACAUAACCUUGGCUUACCUAAGAGACCAGAUCCGCACACUGGAGCCUCUGAAGGCAAUGGUGGUGACAGUCUCGGAGCAAUGCAAUCAAAAAAUACUGGCUCUGCGAGAGGAUGAGAGAGCUGAAAUCAAAGCCCUAAAGCAGGAGAAAGUCCAGCUGCUGAAACGCAUAGACCAACUGAGGGAGAACCAGCUCGGCCUGCAGGCUCAGUUGGCCAGAAUGCAGGAAGACCUGGCUCACCAGUACCUGCUCUAUCGCGAUGAGGCCGACUCCCGUAAGCUGCUCAUCUCAGAAAUCAAUGAGAUGAGGUUCCUGGAGGACGACCUGAAACACUUACAAACACAAGUGGUGGCAGUAGAGGACCCUGUGAAGAUGAAGCUGGCUCUGAAGGUGGCCCGGGAGGACCUGACCCGGCUGCAGGUGGAGCUGAACUGCAUGAAGGCUGAUUAUGGCGAGGUUGUGCCCCGGAGGGACUUCACGGCUCUGGAGAAGAACCACAAGGAAGCCCUGGCCAAGAAAGCUACCUUACAGAAGGACUUUGAUCAGCUGAAGGAGGAGUACGACACACUCCUAGACAUCCACAAGCAGGUUUCCGACCAGAGAGACAAAGUCAGCACUCAGCUGGAGCACAUCAAAGGCAGAUUGACCCCCAGACCCCAAUGGCAAAAAUGUGCAGAGGUGGUCUCCGGGGGAGAUGACCGCUGGCACUUGCUGUCCGAGGGUCUGAGCAGUGACCAGCUGGUGGACGUGCUGCUGGCAGAGAUCGGGGGCAAGGAUAUCAGAGAGAAGGAGUUCUUCGAUGGGCUGGGGAAAGGUGAUGCAGUCCCUGUGUACCUGCGCUAUGAAGGCACCAUUAAGAAUCUGAAGCUGAAGAAAAUAGAGAUUGUGGACAAAAUAAAGGACAUCUGGAAAGAGAAGGUGCCUGCAGACCAGCAGAAAGGGGAGAGACGCAGCCUGGAUGAGUUUUUCCACGAGUACCUUCAGAAGAAGCACGCUGACUCAGCCUCGAAAUGGGCAUACAGCAUCCAGGAGGGCUGUAGGCUUUACAGGGACGAUGACUUCAUCAACCUCUUCUUCAACAUCCUGACAGGAAAGGUGGAUGAAGGUGUGUAUCACGGCCAGAUUCACCUGAUCUCUCACCUGUUAAAAGAAUUGAUGCACAGCGAUUCCUCAGAGAAGGGCUCCCUGAGCAAAGAGAAAUUCAGGCAAGCAUUAAGCAGAGCCUUCCCGCUGAAAAAUCAGGAACAGAUUGAGGAGCUGAUCCAAGCCGCAGAAUCCCAGCAAGGUCACUUGGAGGAUUUGAACACCAUUAACUAUGAAGUCUUGUUUUCUGAGUUUGCCGAAGAUCAAGUCGGGAACUUCCUUACGCUGUUAAGAAAACAGGCAACUGCGGAAAAGCAGAAGUAUCUCGCAGCACUCACAAAGGAGCUGGGCAGCAGGACGGAGGUUAAAGUCGCUGACCUGAGGACUGCGUUUCAAAGCAUCGACCCCACUGUGGAUCCACAGACCGUGGAAAGAUACAUCUGUCUGGCUUUCCAGAUGGAGAAGGAGGACUUGGAGCAGGCUGCCCCUGUGGAUGUCAACUCAGCCAUGCAACGGCUCUUAGCUGCAGACGUCAAGAGGACGGGUCCUGGGCCAAAAGAAGACUAACAAACUCACAGCAGGACUCUGCUCCAGUGCCAGCUGCUUCUGUAAAAUGUAUUCUACAUCUGCAAAACAUGCUUCUUCCUGUUUCAGGGCGUCAAUAACAAUUUCAAUCAGACACAAUUAUAUUCUAAUCUGUAUUGUAUUUCCAAAGAGAACCUUUUUUAUUACAAUUAUACAAAAUACCAUUUUUAAAAUACAUUUAAAGUAGACAACAUAAAUAAAGAACUGGGGCAGAAGUAAGAA